AUGGCUCCUCUUCGACGUCAUAUCGGGGCUAGCCGCAGAAAGAGACGGGAGGAAGAUGGCGAAGAAGAGGGUUCAAUGGCUGGGGACAUGGGAGACGACUCUUUGAGUGAAGGCUCGGCUGACAGUCACCAAGAGGACGAAGAUGCGGACGGAGAAGUCAGCGAAGAGAGCGAGGACGAGGUUUCUACGUUGGAUAAGGCGGGCAAGGUCAACGGUCGUGGGGUGGAUAAAUCUACACGGAGCAGCUCUGUAUCGCCUGAAAAGCGAGGACUCAAGACAACCGUUUCAGAUACAGAGGCAAUGUUGAACGGCCUGAAGAUCUCAGACAGUGCGGGCGAUGCUGCGGAGGUUCAUUUCGACGAUCUCAAGGAACAACAAGAGGCUCACCCUGGAAGAACACCCUCCGCCCCUCCAACCGAGCCAAAUCGAAACAAUUUGGCUUCCAGAAAGCGCCGUGAGAAUGAAAAGUAUGUCAAGGAACGAGAGCAGAACCCAGCCUUCGUUCCCACCCGCGGCAGCUUUUUCCUUCAUGACAAGCGAUCCACCGACAACGGUCACCGGCUCAAGAGCAAGUCUCGCCCCUACGGCCUGAUCGUAGAUGGCAGCUCUCGCAGGUCUUCCAAGCCCGAUGCCAGCGGAGGGCAGUGGGCACACGAUCUCCACGAUACCGUGGCUGGCGAGGAUCGACCUACAGCAAAGCGCCCAACACCGUCCGCGAUGCCUAAUACUGGCGCAUCCGUCCCCACCGCCCCUAGAUCGUCCCCGCCCAACCGGUCCUUCUCUAGCACUACGUUGAUUGGGAAUGUACCUGUCGUUGUUUCCUUGCCUGGUAUGGCCAGUCCAAUUCAUUUUUCUUCCGUGCCCAAGAGACUCCACACCCGGCUACCUCAACACCGACCCCCCUUGCGACGCGACAAGCCGGUUCGAAUUUCUCUUCCCAGCCAGCCGCCCCGAUACAUAUUCCCCUCGGUUGAACGUUCCUUUAUAUUCAUCCCCCGCGCGUUGCGGCCGAACCAAGUCUCUCGUGGUCGAGGUGGUCGUGGUGGCGGCUGGUACAGUGGACGACGUCCCAGCUACUACCCCAACUCCUCUUACACGCCUAGCGUUGUCAGCCGUCGAUCUUCAUUUGGCAUGCCGCCUUCACAGGAUGGGUGGCCGUCACCUGCUGGGUCUGUCUACUCCAGACCUAUAAUUCCCACCGACCCCAAGCCCGUUGUCCGCCUUCCCCCUCCACCUCGUCCGCCUGUCGGGAUCCCACCAUUUGGACCUGCAAUGGCUAUGUCCCUUCCUCACCCGGCCUAUCGCGAAAGCCGCCCCGCCCCGAUCCCUAUGCACCAACCUCGUCCUCAGAAGACCGUCUCCGUUGCGGACAUUGAAAGCCCAGCGACUUUCCCGUUUGCUUUCAACCCGCCUCAACCCCAGCAUGAGCAGCCUUUCCACCACCAAGUCCCUCUUCCAGCCCAUGGCCCACCCAGUCAGCCUUCGGCCACUCCGCUUUCCCAGAUUCCGGAGCGGGCGAUUCACGCACCGCCCUUCCAACCCUACAAUUACCAUCAGCCUGGCUUCUACCCUCCGAGUUAUCCUUCGGGCAUGUAUUACCCACCUUCAGGGCCCGAUUAUGCGGGUUACAAUGGACCCGUUGGGCCCGGAGCCUCUGCGCCAAAUUUCCCGGGCCAGCAAGCAAUGCCCUAUUUAGCUGGGGAGCAGCCCCCUCCACCGGGUACUGUUGCUCAUGAGUCUGGGGGCACCGUCUACUUUUAUGAUACCAAUAAUGUGUACGGAGGUCCCGCACCGGGACCGGGAUCGGGAUCUGGGCCUGGGGGUGUGGUUGGCAUGGGUGGGAUGAUGACACCGCCAGGCACGACCUUCUACUAUCCUCAACAAUCCAGUCAAUAUUAUGGGCAGUGA